GCACGUACAGAUCGGUUUCAGUCUUUGUCAGUUCUGAAUGGGGGCGGAGGAAGCAAACCCAUUAGAAUCCUAUAAAAAGAAAGUAUCCGAGAUCAUAAAAUACCAGGCUGCCGAACUAAGCACUCACUUACUGCCAGAGAGACAGAUUGGAAGUCGCUUGUCAAGUUUCACCAUGACCUUGUGAGCGUCAGCGAUUUUUUUUAUCCAUUAAGGCUCAUCAUUUUGAUUUGAUUUUUAGAUUGAGCUAUUGGUGUUGUCAAAAAAGUGACAUUUUUGUCGAUGGCAAUAACCCGUUUCCUUUUCUGAUUUGUUGAAAAGAGAACACUUACCGUUCCUGACUUUAUUCGCAAGCGGUCAACUUAACACAUGGACACAGUGUAACAGAGCGCGCGUUUCUGUGAUACCUUUAUGCGUAAUUGGCGAAGUCCGGGUCACCCGCGUUAUUCUAUUCGAAUCUGUUUAUAUUUUUUUGUCGACAUUUCAAAACAAUUGUUUCCCAAGGAUGCUCGUCCUGACUCGGAAUAGAUGCUGGUGUGUUUUCGCGCUGCUUGUCGCCGCUUUGAGGAUGGGAGAGUCGCAAAGAGCAGAGCGCUCCAAGCCAAACUCCAUCAAAGCCACUGGGUUGGGAGAGCCCACGCCGGCCACGAACCGUUCAGCUACCCUCCAACCCCGGAUCACCAAGAAAGGCAACAUCCUUGCGCAGGUGUACCCAUGCAGCAACGAUAAGGAGUGCACUGUAGGAAGCUACUGCCACAGCCCUCAGCAAGCACCCUCCCGCUGUCUCACCUGCCGACGGAGGAAGAAGCGUUGCCAUAGAGACGCCAUGUGCUGCCCCGGCAACCGCUGCAGCAACUAUAUCUGCGUCCCUAUCUCGGAGAGCGUCCUCUCACCUCACAUCUCAGCCUUGGAUGACCACAACAAGCUCUCCACCAAGGAUAGCGCCGCCGACUGGAAGAAGAGUGGGAAAGCAGCGCAGGCCAAACACUCUGUUAAAGGACACGAGGGCGACCCAUGCCUGCGCUCGUCGGACUGCUCCGAGGGCUACUGCUGCGCCCGCCACUUCUGGACCAAGAUCUGCAAGCCGGUGCUGCGGCAGGGCGAGGUGUGCACCAAGCAGAGGAAGAAAGGCUCCCACGGCCUGGAGAUCUUCCAACGCUGCGACUGUGCCAAGGGCCUCUCCUGCAAGGUCUGGAAGGACGCCACCUCCUCCUCCAAGUCCAGGCUUCACAUGUGCCAGAGGAUCUGAGGGGUGAGGCAGGGAUGUCCUCCGACACCUUUCUCUUUGUCUUUCUCCGCCUGCUUUCAGGGGAGGAGAACCAGGAGAUGACAUGAGAUGGGAUGGCGUGAGAGAGAGAGACUGGGAAAGAGAGACUAAGAGAGAGAAUGGAAGAUGCUAAGGGCUGGUGGAUCCCCAGCAAACUAAAGCAAAGAAGAAGGUUCUUCUGAGAACGUACGGCACCGUUCCACGUAUGAUUCUUCCUGUUUGGUUGUGUUCCGGCUCAGAACAUUCCCACAACGUUCUGAGAAUGUUGCAUUCAUCGUUAAGUUGUUCAGCGGGUUCUCGAGGACAUUGUGCAAAAUAACUUCUUUAUGUCGAAGACACUUAACAAUGUUGGAUGUGGUUUAUGUUCAAGUUCCUUAAAAUGUUGCAUAUAUUUUCAGACAAUGAAAAGAAAAGCCAUCUCUUUAUUACAGCCGUCAUUAUCCAACGGCAUAGAAACCUUCUCCUCUUCCUAUCUAUCUUUAUGAAGGCAAGACUGCUGUGAUGCACCAUUUGUUUACUAGCUAUGUUCGUUUUUGGCACAUAUUUCACAUAUUAUAUUUUCACACUAAGGGAAUGACAGAACCCCAGCUAACCGAUACAAGCUCUAUUGUAAUCUCACUAUUCUGAUGGUGUUUGUAGCGUUCACUCCAAUAGUGUAACCAAUGUGGGAAUCUCCAAACGAAUAGUCGCCUACAACAACAAUAACUCUCAAACCAACAUGUAGGCUCAACCAUGCUAGUAAAGAACAAAACGCAUAUAGUUUUUGUAUAGAUUAUGAACAUAGAUAUACAGUUAACUGCCAAAAUAAAGGAAAGGCCAAUAGGGUGUUGGGCCACCACGAGCCAGAACAGCUUCAGUGCACCUUG